UACAGCUACAGACUGAUAGAUAGAGAGCAGGAGAGGGUUGGAGACAGAUCUAAGAGAGGUUGAGGGAAGAAAAGUGAGAAACUGAGCAGGGAAAGUUAGAAAAAUAAGAAGUCCUACUUGUUUUCCCACCCUUCCCUGACUGCUGCCUCCCCACUCCACCACCUGAGGCACACAUACACACACACAUAGGAAAGUGUUUCAGGGAGGCUUAGAGGGUCGACUCUCCAGGGAAGAAGGGAAUUAAACACUUUUGUUUUCAAUCCGCUGCGUUCAUACUCAGGAGAAAAAAAAGGGAUUACAGCUUGUACGCCUGCCCCCCUUGUUUCUCUCUUCUCCUUGCAUUUUUUUUUUCACUGAGUUACUUUGGAGACUUUGGAUAUAACCUUCUUGAAUUGUUGUUCUGAACUCAUAGAGGCAUGGCACCCGGACAAAAGAGCCCCAGGUGGGCAUUAACCCAGGGCUCCUUCAGCUUGGCACUGGGCCUGUCGCCCUUCUCCCUCCUCCUUCUCCUCCUCACGGUCUCGGCCGCAGAUGAGUAUGACUACUACAGCUGGCAGUCGGACAACUUCCACAAUGGCCGCUUCUACACCAAGCAGCCCCAGUGUUUGGACAUACCAGCUGACCUGCGCUUGUGCCACAAUGUGGGCUACAAGAAGAUGAGGCUGCCCAACCUCCUGGACCAUGAGACCAUGCCAGAAGUCAAGCAGCAGGCAGGCAGUUGGGUGCCCCUUCUGGCCAAACGGUGCCAUGCUGAUACGCAGGUCUUCCUAUGUUCACUGUUUGCGCCGAUAUGUCUUGACAGGCCCAUCUACCCCUGCCGCUCACUUUGUGAGGCUGUCAGGGACAGCUGUGCCCCAGUAAUGGAGACCUAUGGCUUUCCCUGGCCGGAGAUGUUGACCUGCGACAAGUUCCCCAUUGAUAACGACCUCUGCAUCCCCAUGCAGUUCACCGGGAACCAUGCAACCCAGCCACCAGUGUCAAAGGUGUGCCCACCCUGUGACAAUGAGCUGAAAACAGACAACAUCAUGGAGCACUACUGUGCAAGUGACUUUGUCCUAAAGAUGAAAAUCAAGGAGGUGAAAAAGGAGAAGGGUGACCGGAAGUUGAUUGCAGCGCAGAAGAAGAAGAAAGUAUUAAAGCAGGGUGUGCUGAGGAAGAAGGACCUGAAGAAGCUGACCCUGUACAUUAAGAAUGGUGCCAACUGUCCAUGCUCCCAGCUGGACAGCCUAGGCUCUAACUUCCUCAUCAUGGGCCGCAAAGUGGACCAGCAACUGCUGCUCACGUCCAUUCACAAGUGGGACAAGAAGAGCAAGGAGCUUAAGUUUGCCAUCAAGUUGAUGAAGUCCUAUCAGUGCCCCACCUACCACACCGUCUUCCAGUGACGUGGUUCACUGCAAUGUUUGCUGAACUUUCCAAAACUUUGCUUUUCAGAUUCAACCCUGUUUCACUUAGAUCAUAGCUGUUAUUUCACUAAUGCAAAAUCCUUGCAAAAUCUAUUACCAGCCCUGAAGCUAAACAUAAAUCAGGUAGUUGUCCUGAUCUCCACUGAUGUCAGAGAUUAUUCUUAUUCUUAUUGGAGAAGGGAAAACUACUCUCCAAAUAAGUCAAGUCCCCCACCACCACCAAGAAAAAAACAAAAAAAACAAACAAAAAAAAACAUUAGGAUGAUUUCGUAUUGAUUUGCACUCUACUGUACUCUUUAUUAACAAUCCUGCUUCCCUCUUCUGAUAUUAUAGAAUCAUUUAAAUCAUAUCUUAAAGCAAUCUUCUUAGAUAGCAGCAUUAAGAAAUGGAAAUUUAACCAUUGGAAAGAAAACACACUCAAUACUGCAGUGAAAUAGAGGGGAUGGGAAGGUUUGUUUCUGUGUAAAAAGAGCAGAGAGCAAUGAUAGAGUAAACAUAUGAGGACUGUGCAGUGUGCCAGUGCACAUGCUGGCACAGUGCUCCGAGGAACAACAUCAAAGCAGAGAAAUAUUGAUGAUCCACUUAACUGCAUGUUGUAAAAAGGAGGUAAUUCAGACCUAUUCUAAAUGCUUAGAAAACUGGGAUUUUUUUUUCUUUCUUUUUAUCCGUGAUGGGAAAGAAGAAGACUGAUGGAAUGAGACAGACUGAUGCUUUCACUGACUUUGUACAGAACCAUUUUUGUGGCCUGAAAGAGGGAAACUUGAAUAUUUUUUUACUUUUUCAUUUUGAGAAAGAAUAAAGUUAGGGCAGAGAAGACAUCUUCCUGAAAACAAGUGGAGAAUUAAAGAGAGAGAAAGAGAGAGAAAGAGACUCUGGACAGAGCCAAAAACGUUGGAUUGAUAAGUCUCUUGUACUUCCUAUUUUUCACUAUCGGUCUUCAAAUGUUUCUUUUUCUUUUACUUGUUAUUUUUUAAUUUGCUUCAGUUAAACAUCUAUGGUAUGAAAGCAGAACUCAUACACAAAGACCUUAGCACCUGAACACACUGUUGCUGUAGCAAUGAGAGAUAUUUUUUUUCUAACCUAUUAACCUGUAAGUAGUUCUGUUACUGAAAUAGAUCUUUGUUUUACAAAAAGUUAAUGAAUAAAAUAUAUUUGAAAUUUUUAUAAAGAAAA